AUGGCUCAGGGCGAGCAUGAACUCCUCUGCCGGGAGAUCAGAGCCCUGAAACCUCACGAGAAAAAACACUGGAAGGACUGGGCGGGGAAAGAAUAUGCCAUUUUGCCUCAUACCGAUGCCGCUGGGAACACAUACUACAUUGGCGAUCUCUACGAAGGCGUCAAAUGCAAAUCAGAGUGGGAAAUCAAAGACCCCAAGCCGUACCUGAGAUUUAUCAAGAGUCUUUCCCAGAAAUUGCCCCAUCUGGCUUAUCUUGGCUAUUGGAUGGAGGUCACCGCUGCACCGCCCAAGUGGAAAUAUCUGCAGUGUUUCCCAGGGAACAAACCAGGCCAUAGAGAAGAGCGAGCAAAGCGAUCUCGUGUUUGCGUCGUCGACUACACCGACAACCAGGCCAAGAAAUCACCGGACUUCAUCAACGACGUACCCGGGCUGGAGCGCUUCCUGAAACAUCAACCGCAAACCUCCACCACUGCUCAAAUCAGACUCAUCGUUGCCGAGGAUCUCUCCCGUGAUCUUGUCGAGUUGCUAGGCUCCUUCUACGAUAUUGAUCCUCAGUUCUUCCAGUCACACAUCGACGACUAUCUGUUCCACAAUCCUCGUGACCCGUGGGUAGAACUUCCCAGCCUGGAUGUCGAUGCCCGUCAACGCAACCAUUUCACUUUGCAGUAUCUGCGAGCUCGAUACUUCGAGACCGAGGAAGAUUUCGAAGAAGCCGAGUACGAAAGCGGCAUGUUCAAUGUGUUGCGGCGCAUCGAUAGCGAUAGGAGCCGGACACGUUUGAAAGACGGUCUGCUGGACAAGCCUGGUGACAGCAUCACCUUGACAAGAUCCAAAACUUCGCUGUGGUGGAAGCCACGCAAGGAUGCGUCUGAGCCCGUCACAGCCAUCUUGCUUGUCGAUCCUACAGUCUCCAGAGGUAAGCCUGUAUGGGGUGGCUAUCGUCCAUUCCAGCAGACUCCCUCCAUGAAGGCAUGGCUGCAAAAUGAAACCCAGCCUGUCGAUGCACCUCCACAAGGAACUUUGUACGAGGACGUCGUGUACUGGAGUCAGCGCAUGGCUGCCCACGAGCUCGAUCUGGUGCGCAAAGACGAGCGCAACAUCGCCCUCGGAAUGUAUCGCUUGAUCAUCGUUGACUGGCUGCGGGCCUUGAAAUAUGUCACGACCACCAUCGCUAAGAUCGAGUGGGAAUUCGAGAAGCCUCACUGGGGUGGUAACUUCGUCAACAUUGAAAAUAACAUCCUCAAGAAGCUAUCUCCAUGGCGUCGUAACAUUGGCUACUACCAGGCCAUGAUCAGUGAGGCCAUAGCGCGCCUGUUUCCUCCGGAGAUUCAUUCACCUAUCCGGGGGAUGCAACCUGGCGGCGCCAUCAUUGAGAUGGAUAACCGACCUCCUCAGCCCAUUGCGGAAGAGGACAACCACGGCAUCCGAGCUCUUUGGGCGGAUUUCAGGAAUGUGAAGCAGAAAAUGAAUGAAAGCCAAGCUCGCAUCCACACGAUCGAGAACAUCGCCAUGAACGGUAUCAACGCCGAGGAAGCCAGGCGAGCAGUGAAGCAAAAUGGGAACCUGACCCGACUCACUGGCCUAGCGACCAUCUUUAUCCCGCUCAACUUCACCUCCAGCUUCCUCAGCAUCUCCCCAGACUUCUCCGCGGCCAAGAUGAGCUUUUGGCUCUUCUUUGCCAUUGGCAUUCCUUUGACGCUGGCUGCGCUCUUGAUCGUCGACCUGUCACACCCGAAGAGGAGGGGAUUCUUGGUAAAGAAAUGCGGACAAUUGAGGACCAAAUUUGCAAGGAAGAAAUUGGACGAGCCGAUCCUCCCGACCAGCAACGACAGACCACCAUCGCGACCGAAACCAUCAACGAGACAGCCGACCAACGAAUGGUUUCGUUGGUUUGGAAAGCUGAAUGAUAAACGCAAUUGA